GUCACGUGACCGGAACAUCUUGUCCUCACAUUUGAUCUUCGUAAAGUAUCCUGUAGUCUGUUGUGUUGUUAUAUUGAUCUUUAUAUAUUGGCAAACAAUGUCUUUUUGUUCUUUUCUCCGGAAUGAGGUUUAUAAAGAUCAUUUCAACCCUGGAAUGUAUGUUUGCUCCCAAUGUGGACAUCCAUUGUUUUCAAGCAGGUCCAAAUAUGAACAUUCCUCCCCCUGGCCUGCUUUCACAGAGACCAUCCGAGAAGACAGCGUAACAAAAAUCAUGGAGACAUUAACAGCUUACAAGGUUCUAUGUGGAAAGUGUGGCAAUGGACUAGGCCAUGAGUUCCUGAAUGAUGGACCAGAGGAGGGCUUAUCACGUUUCUGAAUAUUCAGCCACUCGCUUAAGUUUGUCCCAAAAGAUAAGGUUGAUAAACACUAAACGAGGUUGUGCUGAUGAGACUGCUGUUGAACACCCAUAACAGGAUGCAGUUCAUGAAGUGGACAAGGAAAAGCCCCUGACUGGGAGUCCUGUACACAGAUGUAUUAUGGCCAUCCUGAGAUUAAAUGGAUCUAUUUUUAAUACUAGUCUACAUAAGAUCUGUGAAUAUGUGCACGAAGAAAUGUAAUUACAUGCUAAAACCAGGAUUUUUUUAUUAAGAGUUUUAAUUUUGAACCUUUAAUAAUUUCCUGUAAUGUAAUUUAUAGCACUGCGACUAUGAUUAUAUGAUAUAUUUGAACCAAAGUCUUUAUUAUACAUGCAGAAUUUAUUUAAAUAGUUCUGAAAGUGUCUCAUUUAGUCAUUCGUUCCACAUAGACUUUUAAAAGUUUGAAUAAAAAGGCUGUUUGAUUUUAAAGUGGUUGCAAU